CCGCCGUUGUGUUAUUCUUCUUCUACAAAACGAUCUGAUCUCUAGAGAAAAAGCAAAUCUAUUUGAGAUCUCGAACUCUGUUUCCAACAGAUCGGAGAUCAAGAAUAGAUAUUUGAAUUUCGUAAGGUGAAUUCGAAUUUUUGCCCCAGGAUCGAUAAUUAUACAAAAUCUUUUAUGAAAAAUAAGAAUCAAAUCUAAUUUAUAUAUAGUCUUUCCUUGAAAUUGUUUUACUUUCUCGGAAAAUCGAGUGGAGGUGCUCUGAUUUGUUGUUUGGUUUUGAGUCCUAAGAUAUACAGCUAUCUUGAUCCAAGUGGAUCGAGGAGUAGAAUAAUCUCGAAGAAACCCUUAGGUGAGAUGGGCGAAGAUGAGAAAAACAAUGGAGUGGUGCAUGCGGAGGAAGGAGAGGUUUCUGAAUCAGCAGAUGUGGAGGAGAUCAGUGCAUUAGAUUUUAUUAAGCAAGAGAAUCGGAAGGUUGAGGAGUCGAAGUCAUCGAAAGGGGAUUCUAGGGUUUGGACGAUGCAGGAUCUGUAUAAGUACCGGGUUUGCGGGGGUUAUGUCAACUCUGGUCUGUACAACCUCGCUUGGGCGCAGGCUGUGCAGAAUAAACCUUUGAAUAAGGUCUUCGUGGAGGCUGAGCCCGAUGAGAAUUCCAGUAAACCUUGUUCGUCUGGUGCCUCUGUCAACGGCAAAGAAGUCGAUAAAGUUGUGAUUGAUAAAAGUGGUGAUGAGAUGGAUGCCGAGAAGGAAGAAGGGGAACUGGAGGAGGGUGAGAUUGACUUGGACUCCGAGCCAGUGACAGAAGCCGCGAAUGUUAAUGGCGAAGAAUGUACGGAUAUUGAUGCAUUGGAUUCUGAUGCCUUAAUAAUUGGGGAGUCGGGGAAGGGAGUGAACUUGAUACGGGAAGCUUUAGAGAGCAUUAAUGUGAUGGAUGCAAAGACGUCGUUUCAAGGAGUUUGUUCUAGACUGCAGAGCAUUUUGGAGAGUUUGCAGGAAAUGGUUAGCGAGAGUAAUGUUCCUACAAAGGAUCUUGUUAUUCAGCUGUUGUUCACUAAAAUUCAAGUUGUUGAUUCCGCUUUUUGUGCCAUGGAUAAUGCUUUGAAGGGACAUAACAGGGGCAUGUUUUUGAGGAUACUUUCUCUUGUAAAGAGCCAUAGCCCACCGCUGUUCUCUCCGGAUAAGAUGAAAGAGAUAGAGGCAAUGCUGACCUGUUUGGCUUCAGCUGAUACUUUCUUGAGUGCUGGGCCUGGUAAUAAGGAGAAGGAGAUAAAGGUCUCUGUAGGGUUGAAUAAGGAGGCUAUCGAUGGCUUAGCUGGAAAUGCUGGCCAUGAUUUGAUCCCAGUGAACAAGGUGCAUCAAAUUGUUCAACCAUUUGACCAUAAUAAGUCAGGCACAUCAUCGGAGGCUUUGAGACCAGUAGUAUCUGGUUUUAGAGGUAGAGGCUCUUUGCUUCCUCUAUUAGACCUCCACAAGGAUCAUGAUUUGGACAGCCUUCCGUCUCCUACUCAUGAAACAACACCAGUUUUACCUGUACGUGGGGCAUUGGGUGUGGCAAAUGGGAUCAUUAGACCAAGUUUGGCUGCAGGUAAGGUGGCGCAAAACAUUGAAGGCUCUAGAACUCAUCCCUACGAAACUGACGCCCUCAAAGCUGUUUCUUUCUAUCAACAAAAGUUCAAUCGAAAUUCAUUUCUUACUACUGAUCUUCCUAGUCCAACCCCUUCAGUAGAAUCUGGAGGUGGGGAUGGUGAUACCGGUGGGGAGGUUUCUAGUUCCUCCACUGUUGGUAACCUGAUAAUGGGCCAAUCGAUGGCGUCGCCUUAUCCAUCUCUCGACACUUCUAACAUGCAUGGACUGAUCACCACUAGAAAUGCUACAUCUGUGGUUUCUGCAAAUAAUUCAUCCAUAAAACCCCCAACGAAGACCAGAGAUCCAAGGCUUCGAUUUGUGAAUCCUGAAUCAGGUGCUUUGGAUCUUAAUCAAGGUCCCUCUCUAGUGGUUCAUAAUAAACGUAAAAUGGAAUCUGCUGCAGAUAUUAUGAACUUAUGGAAACAAAAAACUCCCGAGGAUCCUAGUUCCAAAGGUCCUGCAUCCAAAAGGCAAAGGAAUAUGCCUGACAAUUUUGGGGAUGUUAAGAAUGUGAGAACUGUGACUAGCAGUGGUGGGUGGUUGGAGGACUGUGACGUUAUUGGACCGCAAACUCUUGGCAGAAGUCGAUUGACAGAAAAUGCAGAACCUGAUCAAAAGAAAGUGGAUAGUUUAGCAAGUAGUGGUAAACAUAAUGUGAUGGUCGGUGAGCAGGUGUCAGUGACCAGUACCAACACCAAAGCAUCUUUUCCCAAUAUAUUGAAAGAUAUUGCUGUUAAUCCAACAAUGUUGAUUAAUAUACUUAAGAUGGGACAACGACAAAGUUUAGCAGUAGAGGCCCAGCAGAAGGCUGCUGAUCCUGUGAAAAAUACAAUACUUACUCCAAGCUCGAAUUCAAAACUGGGGGCAGUUCCCUCUGUAAGUGUUACUCCCGUGACCCAUGCAGGGAUGUUGCCAACACCAUCUGCAACACUUCAACUUUCUUCUCAAAUAGCUACCACGGAAGAGUCGGGAAAAAUUUGCAUGAAACCUCGGGACCCUCGUCGUGUUCUCCAUGGUAAUGCUCUUCAAAGGAUUGGGAGCUUAGGAUCUGAGCAGUUGAAAAUGAAUGGACCUCCUACUUCCAUUACUCAAGGUAACAAGGACAAUCAGAAUGCUCAAAAACUAGGUCAUACACAAACGAAGCCAAUGACUUCUCAGCCUUCCGCGCUCCCAGAUAUAUCUCUACCAUUUACCAAUAAUCUUAAAAACAUUGCUAAUAUUGUGUCUGUUCCUCAAGCAUCAGUAAUUCCACCUGUAGUUUCUCAGAAUCUUCCUUCUCCACCUACGCCAAUUCAAAUGGAAAGGAUGGAUAUGAAUACUGUUGUUUCAAAUUCUGAGAGCCAUCAAGUGGGAGAUCCAGAGGUAGGUGCAGCAGGUACUCAUCCACAAAAUACAUGGGGAGAUCUGGAGCAUCUUUUUGAAGGUUAUGAUGAGCAGCAAAAAGCUGCUAUUCAAAGAGAGAGGGCAAGGAGAAUUGAUGAACAGAAUAAAAUGUUUGCUGCACGUAAACUGUGCCUUGUCUUGGAUCUUGAUCAUACUCUUCUCAAUUCAGCAAAGUUUGUUGAGAUAGACCGUAUACAUGAGGAGAUAUUGAGGAAGAAAGAGGAACAGGAUCGUGAAAAACCAGAAAGACAUCUAUUCCGGUUUCCUCAUAUGGGAAUGUGGACUAAAUUGCGGCCUGGAAUCUGGAAUUUUUUGGAAAAGGCUAGUAAGCUAUUUGAGCUGCAUCUUUACACUAUGGGAAACAAGGUAUAUGCCACAGAGAUGGCGAAAGUGCUUGAUCCAAAGGGAGUUUUGUUUAAUGGUCGUGUGAUCUCUAAGGGCGAUGAUGCGGAUCUCUUUGAUGGUGAUGAGAGAGUUCCCAAGAGUAAGGAUCUGGAAGGAGUCUUGGGUAUGGAGUCAGCUGUUGUUAUUAUAGAUGAUUCAGUGAGAGUCUGGCCGCAUAACAGACUGAACUUGAUAGUCGUAGAGAGGUAUACUUAUUUUCCUUGUAGUAGACGCCAAUUUGGGCUUCAAGGUCCCUCUCUUCUUGAAGUUGACCUCGAUGAGAGACUAGAAGAUGGGACGUUGGCAUCUUCUUUGACGGUUAUUGAGAGAAUACAUCAAAACUUUUUCACCCAUCAAUCCUUAGAGGAAGCAGACGUUAGGAAUAUCCUUGCCUCAGAACAGCGGAAGAUUUUGGGUGGUUGUCGAAUAGUAUUUAGUAGGGUGUUCCCUGUUGGUGAAGCAAAUCCCCACCUACACCCACUGUGGCAGAUGGCUGAACAGUUUGGUGCAGUGUGCACGAACCAGAUAGAUGAUCAGGUUACUCAUGUAGUUGCCCAUUCCCUUGGGACUGACAAGGUGAAUUGGGCUCUUUCCAGCGGGAGAUUUGUUGUCCAUCCUAAUUGGGUGGAAGCAUCAACUUUGCUUUACCGAAGGAUGAAUGAGCAGGACUUUGCAAUUAAACCCCCACAAUCACCAUCUUGACCUUUUCGGUAAAUUAAGACCUGAUAAACAUAAAAUUAAAAUUCACAUUUAAAGUCAGAAGUAAACCGUGGGUAGGCUUGGAGAACUCUUGGUCCACCUUUUGAGUUCUUUUUCACCCCUAACCAGCAGUUUCCCCUGUACUGAAGAUAGGAUGGAAGAAUGGGGCAAGUAACAGGGUUAUCGAAAGGUUUUAGUGGUGGUCUGAAAAGGUAAGAGAGAUUAAAAUGAAUGGAGGUAUACCGUUGAAACCUCGUGGGACGAAAUAUCUGAAACGAAGAGGGGAAUGGGUGUGAAUGAUGCAUGGGACUUGGAAGGAAAUUUUGUUUUCCAAGACUUGAUUGGAAAGUUGCACCCACGAAGGUUUUGUUGUAGGUGCACACACACUUUGGUUCUGGAUGUCUGGCGGGGGGUUCUAUUUCCCCUCCAUUUUUGAAGGCUUCCUUGGGUGAAACAAGCAUUCCUUGGUAUUGAUUAGAAGGUCGUGAAGCUUUAACGUGCAUUGAAGUAUUUUCCUUCCCAUCCACGCUUUUCAGCCGGUUUUGACACUCAGAAAAAUAAAAGUGAUGUCCGAGAAUGUCUAUAAAUAUUCUCAAUCAACACGAGAGUGAGAAACUAAGAGUGAAGAAUUGCUUCUGUGCUUUGCUUUAUCAAAAAAACAAAAUUACUGUAAAUAUCGAAUUGCCCAGGAGAACGUGAAAUACACCCUUUUCAGUCCUCUCCAGUCUCCACUUUUCUAAUUUCAGGCGUUUAAGCUUUUAUGUGGGCUACUCCUUUAAAAAAUAUGGAUAUGGUCAGUCAACGAAACUGGGCAAGAGAGGACCACAAGACAAGGUUGAAGGAAUCACGAGAAGAGUUUAUAUAUCUUUUUGUCCACAUUUACAACGUUGUCAUGUGAAUUGUAAGAGGUGGUGGUAUUAUGGGUGUGUUCUCUGCCGUUGCUGUCUUUCUAAUUGGGGAUAUAUUGAUUGUGGGGGUCACUUUCAAGUUUU